AUGCUGCUCUCCACGUUGCUGCUCCUUGUCAGGGGUGAGACAGCAGCAGCACCGCCCGCCGCCUUUGUUGGCGACUGUCGACUCCGCCUGGCUGCGUCUGAGAGCGGCGGUCGGACGGCGUUGUCAGCAGGCGGCGGGGGCAUCAGCUACGCUAGGAAUCGGGUUUGCCUCAUGGCCGCCGCUGGCGAAGACAAGGAGGAGGAGGAGAAGAUGGAGCUUGCGGCAGAGGUUGAUAUUCUCGCGAUUUCUGCUGGAGUCAACUGGCUUUCUCGAGCUUGA